AUGAAUCCCAUAGCUAUGGCCAGGGCACGAGGUCCUGCCCAAAAUUCAGGACCAACAAUACAAGACUACUUGAACAGGCCAAGGCCAACAUGGGAGGAAGUGAAAGAGCAACUAGAAAAGAAAAAGAAAGGAUCAAGGGCUUUGGCUGAGUUUGAAGAAAAGAUGAAUGAGAACUGGAGGAAAGAACUGGAAAAACACAGGGAGAAAUUACUGGGUGGAAGCGAGAGUUCCUCCAGAAAGAAAGAGAAAAAGAAAAAGGAAAAGAAGAAAUCUAAUAGGUUGUCUUCAUCUUCCUCUUCUUCAUCAAGCUCUGAUUCUUCCAGCAGCUCAUCUGAUUCAGAAGAUGAGGAUAAAAAGCAAGGGAAGAAGAGAAGGAAAAAGAAGUAUCGCUCCUCACGGAAGUCUUCAGCAAGCUCAACUUCUGAAUCUGAGUCAGAUAGCAAGGACAGCAUAAAAAAGAAAAGGUCAAAGGAAGAUCAUGAAAAAGAGAAGGAAGGCAAAAAUCACAGGAAGAGGAAGAAAGCUGAUCGUGGUGAUGGACCUUUGUCAUCAGGGUCCUUAUCAGAAUCUGAUCAGACAGAGGAGGUGCCCGCAAAAAAGAAGAAAAACAAUGAUGAAAAAGAGAAAACAGCAAGUAUCCUUCUUACUCAUACUGUAGUUUUAGGAUAUAAUACUGU